AUGAAGCUACUGAUUUUAUCUGCGUUCCUGGUGCUCGCUGCAGCAAACACCUACAGCCCUGACAAUGACGACAUAGAUAUUGAGUCUGUGGUAUCUAACGUUGAAGUUCUGAGGGAUUUCAUCAACUGCUUCAAUGAUAACACACCGUGUGAUGAGGUGAAAUCGGAUUUUAAAAAGGAUCUCUCCGAAGUUUUUGAAACAUCCUGCUCCAAAUGUACUGACAAACAGAAGCAUAUCUUCAAAAGAUUCAUUGAUGAAGCCAGGGUGAAACUGCCAUCUGAGUACGGGGUCUUCUUACAGAAAUACGACACUCAAGGAAAAUACAUUCAACCUCUUCAAGCUGCAAUCUCUGGUUUUUAA